AAAAAGUAUGUCUAGUCAAGAUUUCAUAACUAACUUGGAGAGGGAUGAAUGAUGGGAAGGAUUUUCCAAAAGACUUUCUCAAGAGUCUGUACCAGUCAAUAAAAAGUAAGAAGCUCGAAUGGGCCGUAGAUGAAGAAGAGCUGCAGAAAUCUAUCAUGCCAAUGUCUGAAGAUACCAUCAACAUAACGGGGCACAACAGACAAGGCAGCCCCUUCCUGGAAGUUCCACAAGAUCACAAAGCUCCAACCUACAAGCAAGGAUUUCUCAGCCGCAAGUUCCAUGCUGACAUUGAUGGCAAAAAAACACCGUGGGGAAAGAGAAGCUGGAAAACCUUUUAUGCUGUAUUAAAGGGAACAAUCAUCUAUCUGCUCAAGGAUGAAUACAGGCCUGAUAAGCAGUCAUCAGAGGAGGCGAUCAGCAUUCACCACUCAUUGGCAACCAAAGCUGCUGAAUAUAACAAGCGCCCUCACGUUUUCCGUCUGCAGACAGCUGAUUGGCGAAUCUUUCUAUUCCAGGCUCAAAGUGCUGAACAGAUGAACUCCUGGAUCACCCGGAUCAAUCUUGUGGCUGCUAUGUUUUCUUCACCUCCAUUCCCAGCAGCUAUUGGAUCAAAGAGGAAAUUUAGUCGUCCAAUAUAUCCAGCUACUGUCUCUAAACAGUCAGAGGAGGCACAGCUUGAAUCUCAUGAUUCCAUGUUGCAGUCGAUUUUGGACGAUCUCGAUGAUCAUCAACUGAAUGUUCCAGACAAGAAAAGCAAAGCAAAGGAGUUUGAGGAGUACAAGAUGAAGCAGGAAUAUUUGAAUACGAGGAGGUUUAUCAGUGAACCAGAUCUUGGAACUGCACAAGAAGCUCACAACCUCCUCGGCAUUGCUGUGCUGAUCACUGGGAAGAUCAUCAGACCUCAAAGGACUUCUCGCCAUGUCAUCAGUCCCACUGUCAUCUACCAACUGAUGGGCGCCUUGUCAGCCACGCAUGCGCUCCAGGGCCCGCCCUUUAUUCACGCAUGCGCCGUCAGAGCUGCUGUGUUUUCGGCGCAUGCGUCAAUGUUCGAGCGCGCCGAAAGCUCGACGGAAGGUUUUCGUCGGGCGGGUCCCUGGUUCCACGCGUCCCCCGAACUCACCGGGACCCUGGUUCCACACACUUACCUGAAACCCAAGACAGGAGACUGCCUUGCCAUCAUUGAGGAUCAGGAUAUUCCUUGA